CUUCAAAUAGCAGCACCGAAGCUCGACAGCCGCUUCUGCCUUGAAAACUGAAACUGAAAUUCAACACCAUCCAUUUCUUUAGAGAGACUCAGCCGGUAAAAACGUGGUGUUUAUCCCGGCUCGCGCGCGAAGAAGAAGAAGCAGACGCAGAUGUUCUAGCGGAGUUGAGCGAUCACCAAAGCCCUUCCGUCUUCCUUUUCCAACAUUAGACGGCGAUUCUACCACAGUAACUUUGUUAACAGCAGUUAAGGGCCUCAACUGACUGGUCGUUACAGUGUAAUCAUGCCUCAGAAGCGGCGCUCGCAGUCGUGGAUGGAACUCAAACAAGCCGGUAACCAGUGUUUCAGAGCCGGCCAGUAUGGAGAAGCUGUGGCCCUCUACAGCCAAUCCAUCCAGCAGCUGGAGAAGUCUGGUCAGAAGGGAAACGAAGAAGAUCUGGCUAUUUUGUACUCCAACAGGGCCGCCAGUUACCUGAAAGAUGGAAACUGCAACGAAUGCAUUAAAGACUGUACAGAGUCUCUUAAAUUGGUUCCUUUUGGAUAUAAAGCUCUGCUUCGCCGGGCGUCAUCUUACGAGGCCUUGGAGAGAUACAGACAUGCUUAUGUGGACUACAAAACUGUUUUACAGAUAGACUGGAACUUACCGGCUGCUCACGAUGGUGUCAACAGAAUGACGAAGGCUUUGACGGAUAUAGACGGACCAUCUUGGCGAGAGAAACUGCCACCGAUUCCCAGCGUUCCUAUGUCCGUGAAAGAAAGCCGAGCGCAAGCCGCCAGUUCAGCCUCACAACAGAACAGCAUGGUUGACAACAAUAAAAAAGCACCAGGACCUGCAGCUGUUAAAAAGGCCAAAGCUCUUAAGGAACAAGGCAAUGCAUUUGUGAAGAAGGGCGAUCACAAGGCAGCUUUAGAGAAGUACACAGAGUCGCUCGGUCAGGACCCCACAGAAGUCACAACUUACACAAACAGGGCUCUUUGCUACCUGUCAUUAAAGAUGUACAAAGAAGCUCUAAGUGACUGUGAUGAGGCUCUUCUAAUGGAUUCUGCCAACAUUAAGGCAUUUUACCGACGUGCCCAGGCAUACAAGGAACUUCAAAACAAGGAGUCUUGUAUCAAAGAUCUCAACAGUUUGCUCAAAAUCGAUCCAAACAACAUAGCAGCACAGAAACUCCUACAGGAAGCACAGAAAAUGAAAUAACUCUGAUUGAAAAGUGGACAUGAGGAAACUUUCCCCAAGUGCCUCAAGUUGAUUUGCUGCUCAAAGCUACAAUGUUUGCUACAGAUUUCUGCUCAUCCUUCAGAUAUGCACGUCAUGGCGUUAUUUAAAAAAAAAAAAAAAGGAAAUAGUUUGUGUUCAUGUUCAUAUAGACACAUUUGACUGGGUUUAUUACUGUCAUUAAUGCAAUCAGGUUUCCUUCUGAAACUCCAGACUUGUGGUGGUUGUUAAAGUAGUUCAUUUAAUCACUAAUCAAAUCCGAUGUUGAUUUGGUGUGCGAUUUUAAUGUUUUUCAUUGCACACUGAACGGAACUGAAUUUUUCUAACAAAAUUACUUUUAAAUUAUUUCCACUUUAAACACUCUGUUUUAGGGCUGCAUUUUCUACUAAUUGUGUUCGCUUACCUUUUCCAGAGAAAGUACUCCGUUGUAUUGUUGAGGGUUAUGGUUAUUUACUGUCAAAACCAUUUAUGUUUAUAUACAUUUGUAAAGACUUGACACCUGUAUUUAUUGAUGUUUCAUAUGCCAUUUCGCAUAAAAACUAUGUAAACGGGUCUUUAAUUUAAAGAAAGUAAUGCAUCUGAUAAUAAAGGACAAUGUUCAGUAAUAUGGUAUUUUCUCAUCCUGUAAAUUGUCAGAUGUAAUGCUAAGGUCAGUGGUUACUUUUUUUUUUUUUUUUUUUUGAAAUUAGCAAUACUAAAAAGACAAAACAGUAAAUGCUAUGCAUGGACACAAGUAGUAUAACUAAUUAAAAACAAUUCAAAUCCAA